UUUUAGUUUAGUUGAGUUGUUUGAACAGACUGUUACUCAAGGUACAUCUAUAGAAAAUAAGGAGAGCGACAGUAUUUUAAAGUGCCAAUAUUUUUCUAACUGCAGCGGCUUUGAUAAAAUAUUUUUUUGUGUGUAUAGAGGAUUUUGUGUAACCCAAAUGUGCUUUUCCAAGUAACAAACUCCACGUGUGGAAGUGUCAGUGUUGUUCCCAAGGUUUCUGCUAUUUGUGACCCUGUGGUUGUUACCUGAGAGCACUGAAAGAAGCUUGCUAUGGCACAGUGGGCGUGAAGUACAAUGCCAAGGCAGUAUAUUGACUCCAGUUCAGAAACAAUGGAACAUCAGAUUGCCCCAAAAACUCAGCUGCGUUUUGGUAUGAAUGGAAGCCAUGCCGGCCUCAGAAAAAAUUCCCUUUCACGGAGCUCCACCCUUAUCCACCUUCUGGUUCCACCACAGUGGGAUUCGCGACAGACCACUGUGUUUAGGGAGGAUGAUGCCCUAAAGGCCCUGACUCAUGAGGAAAAGGAGUGCCUAAUGUUCUUUGAGGAAACCAUUGAUUCUUUGGAACAACAAGAUCUGUCUUCUGGGGACAGUACUCCUGUGAAUGGCAGGUCUACCCCAACUUAUUCUUUUAACGAGGAAAGAGGUUCAAGCCCAAAAGAAGAAAUCAUUGAUCUGGUUCAAAUAAACCCUGAAGAAGCAGAAGACCGAAAUACUAUUAACCAUUCCCCAUUGCCAGUCGGAAAGAUCUACACAGAGCAGCAGGAUGAAUUUAAGCUAAAACAGGAGAUAACUGAAAACUACCACACUUUAGACUACUACCCUCCUCCACCACCUAUGGUAACAUCUCCAAAGUGGGACAGACCCUUGCCAGCUACCCUGACAGACCAGAGCCAGCACUCGUUUGCUUAUUUUCACCCUAUAGGCUCCAUUCCCACUCCUGUCAUAAUUGCCCAGAAGAUUGCAGAGAGAAAGGCAGGUAAUGGGCAUAUGUCUCCAACCUCAAUUCUGGAUGAGAGGAGAAGGAGUUUUGAAAGUGACAAAAGUGCUCCCUUAUCUCCUGAUAACUCAGGCAGACUAGGUACUGUUCCAAAACCUGGUAGGUUUCCAAGCAACAUCAUUAUCAUGGGGAGUGGCAAGGAAUAUAACCAGACCAUCUCAAAAGCCUCUGUCAGUGUGCAGGAACGCAAAGUACAGAUGCUAGCUAACCUAACCGGGUCUCCAAACUUCUCUCCUGAACUGGAGGAGAUGGCAGUGAGAAAGACCCCAAACAGGAGCUUAUCGUUUAGAGACCCAGUACCUGAACAAACCAGGACUGAAGCUCUGUCCAAACUGGGUCUCGUGAAAGAGAAGACCGUAACUGAUCACCACAGGCAGACUGGCUACAGGUCUAUGGUUGUGUACCCCAGUCACGUUCCUUCAAGCAAAACUGAGUCUAAUGGACCUCAAAACGAUCAAAACAUUGCCAAAAAAGGAGCUUCGACCGAUCACCAUGGAAUGAGUGGUUACAAGUCCAUAGUUGUGAACCACAGUCAAGUUCUUUCAAGCAAAACUCAAACAGUUUCUAAUGAACCUCAAAGUGAUUACAGCAGUGCCAAAAAAGGAGCUUCAGCUAGUCUGCAUGCACAGAGUGAUUACAAGUCCAAGAUUGUGAAACCAAGCCAAGCCUCUCCUAGCAAAACUGAGGCAUUGUCUGAUGGACCUCCAAAUGAUCAAAACAUUGCCAAAAAAGGAGCCUCUGCUGAUCCCCAUGGGGGAAUUGGUUACAAGUCCAUGGUGGUGCCCCCCAGUUUCAGUCCUUCAGUCAACACUGAGAUUAUGUCCAACGCACCUCAAAGCAGUGAUAGUAGUGCUGAAACGGGAGCUCUGCCUCCUUACUCUGGGGUGAAGUCAGUCACAUUUGGACCGGAUGCCUGUUCCGCAAGAAAGUUUUCUCACCACAAUGGAUCCAAGAGUUUUAGUGGAAACAAAAGCAGGUCCCUAGACAUAAAGAGGACCUGCUCUAUACCCAGAACAUCUGGUUUUAGACCACAAGGAGUUACUGUUCAGUUCUCUGGCCGUGGUUCCACUGAUGAAUCAAGAAGGGAAGCCCUGAGAAAACUCGGUCUUCUGAAAUAAAAUGUAAUAUUUAUUUAUUGGGAAAAGAAAUGUACAUACUGUACAGUGUGUGAUUUUUUUUUUGGGGUCAACAGGUGCAGUGGUGUGAUCAUGAGAAUCUAAUGUACUGAAAAACAGACAUUGAAAACCUGAGUGAUGAAAGUGGAGAUCUGUGCAGAUUUGGUUUUGUAGCUUAUGAGGAUUAUACAGUUAAGUGGCUGAAAUACCUAAAAGAAAGGAUUGAAGGCUAAAGGAUCUUUUUGUGCCCUGGUUUUUACUAUGUUAUUGAGAUCACCCAAUAUGUUCUCAAAAGGUCAGCAGCAGAGACUUACUGGUGUUAAAUAAUAUUUAAAGAUGCAAUUUCAUCAUAAUCUAGACACCUGCUCCCUAAUGUAAUGUCACUGGAGAUUUAUUUUGAAUUUUGUCAUACAAAUUAUAGGUGGUGGUGGGGGGGUGAUAUUAAGCUGUGAUGAUGUAAAAUGAAGCCACUUGAAUAAGUGACAAAGCAAAUGUGACAGAUCUAUCGUUGCUGUAUACUCCAAAGCAUUGGUUAAAGACGUUUGUGGUUAUGUUUGUGUAUGACACACAGUUAGUUGCUUUUAUGAAGUUAGUCUAUGGUUUGCUAUUACCUAGUAAAUGGCAUUGUGAUACAACGCUGCUUUUAUCACUUUCCAUAGUAAAGGGAUUUUUUCUUUUCACAUGCUUUCCUCAGAAUAAGUUUUGUUUAGGAUAUAAAAGGGUUAACCCACUUAACAAUCCUUAGGUUCAGUGGUGUAAAUUUUAUAGUUGAUCAAUAGAGACUUAACAUUUUCAAAUCUAUGGCAGGAAUUCUGAUGGAAUUAAGGAUCUAAUUUACAUAAUACUAUUUAUGGUUUACAGCUACAAUUCUUUAAAUGAAAAUAUUUGUGUAUGUUGGUCACCAACAUUGUUGGUAACAAAAUGCAACACACAUUGAUUAUUAUAUUGGUUUUACUUGCAUAGCAGUUUGAUCCAUUCCUUGUUUUACUAAGUUUAACAAGAUACAUGAGCUUGUUACCAAUACACCUAUGGCUCCUCACGCUUGUAUUAAAACCUGAAAUGUGUGAAACUGCUGUGUAAUAGGAGUCAUCGUCCCUCCCCCUCCUAAACUGAUAUACUAUAUCUAUCUCGUAUGUGUUGUUUACCAAAUCACAGACCUAACUGUAGCACUGAAAACAGAAGCAAUUAAAAUCUUUUUUUUUUUUAAAUAUUGAUUGGUUUAUUUUAGGUCUUCUACAACAAAAUAGACGA